AGAUGCUAUACUGGACCAGUGGGAAAGAAGAAUUGUCCCCAAUAUUUCCAAAACACAGGACACAAGUGGACAUCCUAUAACAACAGAUAACAAAGAUGGAAUUCAGAGUCCUCCCCGAGUCGGCGAAUGGUUCUACUCCGCUGGAGACAAACGCCUCACCAAAUGACCAUCAUCUCCCCAGUUCCUCCAAGACUCAAGACGACGGCUGUGCCAAUGGCGGGGCCAUUCUCCGUCAAAACCAUGUUGGCUUCGUCAUGUUGCAUGGGGUUCGUAUAGUGUCUUUACACAUUGACGGAAAGGAAAGACUGUGUUUGGCCCAGAUAUCUAACACACUCCUCAAAGAUUUCAGCUACAAUGAGAUCCACAAUCGCCGCGUCGCCCUUGGCAUCACUUGUGUGCAGUGUACCCCGGUUCAGCUGGAGAUCCUGCGCCGCGCCGGUGCAAUGCCCGUUUCCUCCCGCCGGUGUGGUAUGAUCACAAAAAGAGAGGCAGAGCGCUUGGUGCGGUCCUUUCUGGAAGACAAUACCCCGCCACGCCUUCCAGAGAACUUUUGCUUCGAUGUCCAUCAUGAAUGUGGAUGGGGCUGCAGGGGGAGUUUCACUCCGUCUCGUUAUAACAGCUCUAGAGCUAAAUGCAUCAAAUGCAGCUAUUGCGGCAUGUUUUUCUCGCCAAACAAAUUUAUUUUUCACUGUCACCGUACCCCCAACGCCAAGUAUGUCCACCCUGAUGCAGCUAAUUUUAACUCGUGGCGACGGCACUUGAAACUGAUCAACAAAACCGGUCUAUGCGAUUUAGAUUACGCCUGGGAGGAUGUAAAGGCUAUGUUCAACGGUGGGAGUCGAAAAAGGGUUCUACCAUCUCAGAAUCGUAACUCUGGGGGGCAAAGUGAGAGACCACAGAAGCAACCGCAUCUCAGCGAGCAUUCACUGGAGACAAACUCCACCAAAGUAAGCUAUCCGUUCCCCGUUCUCCCGACGCCCUCUCCGUAUGUACCCUUUCCAACACACAUGAUGAAUCCACGUGCACCGCCUCACCCAGCAUUUCCCUUCACACCGUCAUCCUCUGCCCCUUACCGUGCUCUCUCCGGGCCAGACAACGGAGCCGAGCAAGGGCAGAUGCGAGACUUUUUGAAGGACAAAUACGCACCUUUCUUCUAUCACUAUAACAGUAUGUGGGCAAAAUCUUUGGGCCUUACCCCAGCUAUGAUGGAGCAGUAUGUUAACAUAGCGAAAAUGAACGAUCGCAUGGAUACCUCUUUCUCCUCGCCAAAUUUUCAGCAAAUGUUUCAACAAUUAGAAGAUAGAAGAGUGGAGAGGGAAAUUAACUUGGGGAGAAUCGAAAUGAAAAAGAAAGCGGAGGGUAGUAAAGUCUCUCGCUCUGAAGCACCUCUGAAAACCAACACAACCCGACAGGACGAUUUUCGGCACAUUUCAGCAUUUAAACCAAUUGGAAAAGAAGCUAAUUUCCUAUCAGGGUUCCCCAAAAGUAAUUACAAAUCAAAGACACCAUUAGAUCAGGAAAGCAUGGGUGACAACAGCCACUUGAACAUCUAUGACAGUGACAAAGAUGAUGUAGAAGUUGAUGUGUGUAGCGAUGACAGUACUCAGCCUGGUGUUUUGUCGCCAGCGCCAUCAUCACGCAGUAAGAUCUGCUCAAGCCAUCAUUUAAGAAACGAUAAGCCUCUCAACCUCCGUGUCUCCGCUUCUCACGGCGAACCGCAUGAGGAACCUUCGGCUCCCGCCGCCGCCAGUGUUACCAUGACAAGUGACACCGGAGAAGUCAGCCAGACAUUUCAGGAUUCUUUGACAGUAGAAUCGAAGGGUUGUUCUGAAGAAACUGAGGGAAAAGAAGAAUCAGAUGAGAAUGCAAAUAACACCAGUAGUCUACCAGUGAAUGAACGCAACAUUGAUAUCACUGCUCUGGAUAAGAUGUCCAAAGAUGAACUUCAGCGCGAGCUGUUGCGCCUCAUGCACGCCAGAACGAAAUCGGAAGAAUUGGGUCAAAAGGGAGGAUCAUCAGGCUAGUAGUGUUUAACACAUAGCAGACACAGAGACGUCAAAUACAAUGAUUAAAUGUUCAACGUUUUGAUGAUAUGAAAAUUGGAAUAAAUGGAUAAAUAGAAAGAAAGGAAUUAUUAGAAUAUAAGAUAUUCAUUUCAGGCGAAUAUUCUAAAGAAAUUAGAACUACUAGUAACCAUGGCUUGUAACUGUGAUUUAAGUGCGAUACAUUUUAUUAUCAGAGGUUUUCAUGCCAGCCGUUUCGUCGAAGAUGACUUAAUUGAAUAUAAUGUAAGAAAUCGGCAUUGUUGAAAUUGUUGUUAAAGUUGUUGUCAUGGAUGUUGUUCUUAAUUUUUGUCCACUAUAGAUCUUCAUUAUAUAUAUAGAGAGUGGAUAACCGCAUGCACAUUGUAUAUAUCAUACCACAUUUGUUCGAGAAGUUAAAACUAAAUUUAACAGGCGAAAUUGCAAAAUCAUUAAGACUGUUGCGAUAGCAAAAUAGCACAUUCGCCAUAUCCACUGUGUUUAAGCGAUAGAGUUAAAAUGUACAUUUGGUUUUUUUUUUUAUUUUUUUAGUAAUCAUUUUUCAAUAUAUCAAGUGAAUUCUAGCUUUAUUAAUUGGUAUUUUUCAGUUUUGAAUAUUGCAAUUUAUUACUAUUUGUUUAUUUGAAUUUCUGCUUACUCAAGACGACGCAGUAUGGUUGAGUUCCACGAUUCCUGUAUCAAAUGAUUUGAAGUGCAUCGCUGCGUAUUUCUUAUCGUAAUAAAGUAUGUUGUGAACGGAAAA